CCUCACAUCUCUUCUCCGACCCCGCUUUCCUUCGCACAUCACGAUGGAGGGCGAGACGCUCGCCGCGGCGACGCCUCGUCUGCCUAAGGAAAUCCUCGAGAUCAUCUUCGAUCUGGCAGCCUUGCAGGAUAAGGCAACGGCGGUUAGCCUUGCUCUUGUCUCACGUGAGGUCUGCAACAUGACCGCGGAAAGUAGGUGGACGACCGUCGUGCUCCGCUCCAUGGCCGCUGCAAAGCGCUUCUUUGUUACUCUUGCACACUAUCCCUCAUCGCCUCGAGACAGUGACGAGCGAAAUGGCAAACCGGAAGCAGAGGAACGGCUGCCCACAGAGGUCAGAGAGAUGCUGAACUACCUCGGACCGAAGAGGCUCCUUUCGAAGCCUGACUUCGUCCUCAAAACAGUCGACAAUCUCUUCAUAGAGAUGAGAGAUUUCGAUAGCCAUGAAUGGCGUCACUUUCUCGACGCUUGGGCUCUCUACAUAUCCGCCCAUGAGGAUUCUAUGGACACCGACACCCUCUCCAAGGGUCCGGACGGUGGACCACUUCGCGUCCAUUUCGAUCUUCGCACGCUCACACUGGGCGCAGCCGAAUCAGCCUACCAUUGCUCGUUGGACAGCUUCCCUCUGCUCCUCAUGCCUUGUGAAGUCACCAUCGUCAUCGAUGCCGCUGCAGAGUACACGAGCCUCAGCUACGACUCGGACUCGGACUCCGGCGACGAAGAAGAGCGCGUGGAUACCAAGACUACUUACGAACAAGUUCUUCGCCAAUGGGUCUGCCGCAGAGAGCUGAAGAGAGUGCACAUCAUCGGCACCGACUCCGCGUCGAAAGAGGCAGGCCUUGCGUUUCCAGCAGACAUCGUCGAAGCCCGACGCGCCGGAAGCAAUGCGUCUCUUGGAUGGGAGCACCAAUGGGAGCCACAUCCAGACGUGCACGGCAUGUACCGGCGUGUUGGCGUGCCAAUCGUUUCGCAUAUUCGGUACGACACACGCCGCUUUGCAUUCCAACCCACCGAGAUCGUCGCUCGUCGUCUCGCCCCUUUUCUGCGGGAAAUCGUCUUUGCCGACCGGAUCAGAUGCGGUUCAGAUGCAAUAGCGGCGGAUGGCAAGGAAGAGAGUCAUACCUCUAGCACCUCUACCUCCACCUACUCCGGCCCGCGCCACGCAGCUCCUACGUGGGGCGCAGGCCGACACGGUAGCACAGGUAACAACGGCAGCAAUGUCGCCAUCUCAGUCCAUGAUGAAGACUCAGAGGAGGCGCAGGCUCUACGGGACUUGGGCGUUGGAGGUUUGAAACGGCUUGAAUUUGCAUGGGACUUGCCACCAAAGAUUCUGCAGGAGCAGCUGCUGCGCAGGGAAAGGGAGAAUGGCGCCGAGAGUCACGGCAGUUCUUCCACGCACAGGAAGGAAGAUGAACAGGGAGGUUGGCCGCGCGAAGCUCAUGACGUGUGGACCCAUCGUAUGGAUGGCGGCAAGACGAUGACGUUUCGCUCAGAGAUGCACGACGCCGUCACCGAGCUAUACGGUUGGGCCCCUGCGGACGCUCCACCCAGGCCAAGCAGAGAGGAGAAGAAGCGCUGGUUGGGUCAGUAUCGUUUCGUUGAUGAAGAGUCUGGCUCGAUGGUCAAAGAGGUGGCGUCCGUUGCGAAGGAACCGCACAAGCAUUUUCUCGAGCACAUCGAGAGGGAAGUGCCAGUGGAGGUCGAGCGAAGGCGAAAGACUGCCCAAGGGUCGCGACAGAGGGAGCGCGAGUACAAUGGGAAGCAGGGAAGGCCAGAAAGGGGACCACUUUCACCGCCUCCUCUCCCUCCUGUAGCGCACCGAAAGUUGAAGUACGCGGUGCGGGCACCCAGUACACUUCUCAAGCUUGGAGACGCUACGGCUGCCUUGGACGUCGACACGAGGCUGGCGCUCUUCCUUGACCGUGCACUUGGAGGGCCAGGGGCGUGGAAGUAAGGUAGACUCAGGCAAUUAGCAUUGUAGAGAGAGGAGCACAGCAAGAGCAUCGUAUCAAGGAGCCGCUACAGCACCGUGCUGCACUUUCAAGCUGCUAUAAAGCAGCACACGCGCGCACAUGUAUCACCAUUCAAUCAUCCAAUUCAUACCCUUCCCCGCAUUGGCCCCUGCCCUCAUUGGCAGUCUCUACUAUCGACCAACACCUCCCGCGCUCAGGGCAGGGCAUUCUCCCACACCUUGAUGAGCAUGAGAUAACGCGCACGCACAGAGGUUUUCGACCGCUUGUCCUCCAGUACAACCUUUCGAAGGUGGGUGUAGUCGACUUGUUCUUUCAGG